UUUUGGGGGUUCCUGGGUUUUCUGAAAUUUUGGGUGGGGUCCCUGAGUCUGUAAAAGGAAACUUGGGGUUUAUAACAGCAUACAAACAUAGGCAUAAGCAGACAUGUAUACAGAAUACAUGGUCAGAGUUAGAACUCAAACUGCACCUGCAUUAUCAGGCAUUCUGCUGAUCUUUUCCCUCAUAAACUACUAGAAAUAUGGGAAUAUGUCCUUGCAUGAGCUUAACGUGUCACUGAGGGUCGUCAUCAUGAAUUUUGCAGCAGGUGAUGUUGAAUCCAUUUAUUAAGAGCAGCUCUUCAUCACACUAUGAGACCACUGACCACAUUCUGCUGUGGAGACCAAGGAAACUUUCAGCAUCAUGGUUAGUGGACGGAUCAUCCUUAUUGCUGCCGCUUCUGCCUUGUCCUUCAUUCUCACAAGCUGUGAUGAUUCACUUGACAGUCGCUCUUUGGAGAGUGCCACAAAAACACAGGAUGAGAACAAUUUGAUAGAGGCACUGCAAGAGGUUCUUGAGAAGUUACAGAAUAAACAACUGCCACAAAGUGGAAAAAAGUUUAGCCUACUUCCUUCGUGUGAUGCAGGUGAGCAGUGUGCAGAACGUAAAGGUGCAAGAGUUGGCAAGUUUUGCGACUGUCCACAAGGAACAUCAUGCCACUUUUUUAUUUUGAAAUGCCUUUAAUAAGACAAGGGAUAUCUGGGAAAAAAAAGAAAAAAAAAAUCCUGAUGCGUGUUGCUGUGUUGCCUUUUACUUAAUUUUUCAUAUUACUGCUGUGUAAAUGCAUGGACAUGUAAA